AUGCCUACCACCGAGGAGCUCAAGCAGACUGCCUUCAAUGCUGAGAAGGACCUCAACUCCUACCAGGCCAAGCAGGGCCUGGGCAAGAAGAGUGACUCCACUCUCGAGUCUGGUGUCGACGAAAUGGUUGAGAAGAAGUUCGAACAACCCUCUGGCCUGAAGUACGGACCCGGCUCAACUGCCUCUGGCAGCGACCACCGCGUCAUCCCCGAGGAUGAGGGUGGCACCCGUGAUGACCGUGACCGCCUCCCUACUGCCGGUAAAUUCAAUGGCACCGGUGGCCCCGAAGACGACAUCAAGAUCCAGUCAGGAGACCGUGGCGGUGACCAGGAAGUCCCCAAUCUGCAGGACCUGAAGCGCCGUGGAGUUGCUCAAUAA